AUGAAAAUACUUAGUUGGAACUGUCGGGGGCUUGGGAACCCUCAGACAGUUCAAAACCUUCUCCUUUUGGUGAAGGACAAGAAAUCCAAUAUGGUCUUCUUGAUGGAGACUAAACUAGUAGCAUGUAAGGUUGAGGGAAUUAAUAGGAGAUUGGGAUGGGAAGGAUGCUUUGUUGUUGACUUGCUGAAGAGGAAAGGGGGCUUGGCAUUGCUGUGGUGCAGGGAUAAGGAUGCGGAGAUACUCAACUACUCUCAACACCAUAUUAAUGCUACGGUCAUGAGUGAAGAGAAGAAGCUGCCGUGGCUGCUCACUGGAUUCUACGGGCAUCCUGAGGAGAAGAAAUACACUUGGAGUAACAAGCAUAUAGAUAGCACUUUUACCAAGGAGAGACUUGAUAGGGCUGUUGCUAACUUCCGAUGGUCUAAAAUUUUUUGUGAUAGAGUGGUGGAAGCACUGACAGUAUCUCAAUUUGACCAUAAGGCUUUACUGCUUUGUUUGAGACAACAAAAUUUUGUGAAUACAAAGAAAAGAAGGGUGUUUAGAUUUGAAGCUAAGUGGAUAAGGGAUGAAGAGGGCGUAGUUGUAGUGGAAAGGGGGUGGAGGAGGACUGAAAUAGAUCCAAAUCCAGGAAGGAAUAUCCAAGGAAAGAUGAAUGGUUGUAAAGGAGACUUAAUCAGGUGGAGUAAAUCAAAAGAAAAAGAGGUUGUCCUGAUGUUGAAGCAGAAAACUGAGAGGUUGAAAAGGGAACAAGAAAGUGAAGGGCCACAUAAUGUUGAACUAAUCAGAAUGCUACAAGAGGAGAUGGGGUCUUUGUUGGAGCAGGAAGAUCUAAAAUGGAGACAAAGAGCUAAGAGAACAUGGUAUCAAUUGGAUAAAGAAGGGAUUGAAGAGGUUUUUUAUGAUUACUUCAAUUCAAUUUUCUGCUCCACACAACCAACAUCAGAAGCUAUUGAGGAGUGUCUAAAGGAGUUGGAACCGAGAGUGACAAAGGUGAUGAAUACAGAGCUACAUAAGGAAUUUACAAAACUUAAGGUGGAGGAAGCAUUGAAACACAUGGGAUCUCUGAAAUCCCCUGGCCCUGAUGGUUAUGGCGCUUGUUUUUAUCAAGCCUAUUGGAGCACAGUGGGGGAGGAGGCUAAAGAAAGUACUGCCUGCCAUCAUUCCAGCAACCAAAGCAUAUUUAUACCGGGAAGGCUUAUAACGGACAAUGUGAUGAUAGCUUAUGAAUCCUUGCACACGAUGAAAACAAGACAGAAAGGUAGAAUUGGUAGCAUGGCUCUCAAGCUAGAUAUGUCAAAAGCCUACAAUAGGAUAGAGUGGAGAUACGUGGAGGCAGUCAUGAGAAAAUUGGGCUUUGGGGAUAGAUGGGUAUCUCUGAUUAUGAGGUGUACUACUUCAGUGACCUACUCAAUCCUUGUUAAUGGGGAGCCCGGGAAAACUUCGAAACCCACAAGGGGAAUAAGACAAAGGGAUCCUAUCUCCCUCUACUUGUUUAUCCUUUGUGCAGAAAGACUUCCACAAAGACUUUGCAAGGAACUAGCAUCCCUCUUGACAAGAUUCUGGUUGGGCCAUAAACAGAAUGAGAAGAAGAUUCAAUGGAGAAGUUGGUUCAAUAUAGGAGAAUCAAAGAGUAAUGGAGGUUUGGGCUUCCGAGAUUUUGAGUGUUUUAAUAAGGCAAUGCUUGCAAAGCAAUGCUGGAGAAUGUUGAAACAACCUGAUUCACUAGUGGCAAAGAUUAUGAAAGAGAAGUAUUUUAAGAAUGUGGCAAUUGUUGAUGCAAAUCUAGGGUAUGGAUAA